GGGAGGAGUGGUUCCCACUUCCCAGUCUUUUUCUUUUCACAGCUGCAAAGUUCAGCUUUGAGUUCCCUGCUUACUCUGCCACAGUCAACCACUGUUGUAAAUCUUCCUCCGGGAACACGUGACGAUGCAUUUUCUUGACUAUAUACCCCAAGCACAGCAGCACAGCUGUCAGAGCAGGAGCCGGACGCAGAGAAGCAGCGCUCUUGAACUUCAGUUAGGAAUUCAGGACUUGGGACAAGUCGUCAGCCUUUGACCCUUCUUGUUCUGGCAACCUUCGGGGCUGAAGAUGGAGCCGCUGAACAGCACGCACCCCAGCACAGCUGCCUCCAGCAGGCCCCUCCAGUCCCAUGUGCUCGGCAGUGGCAGCGGCAAAGGCAAUGAGUAUUUCUACGUCCUGGUUGUCAUGUCCUUCUACGGCAUUUUCUUGAUUGGAAUCAUGCUGGGAUACAUGAAAUCCAAGAGGCGGGAGAAGAAGUCCAGCCUCCUGCUGCUGUACAAAGACGAGGAGAGGCUCUGGGGGGAGGCCAUGAAGCCGCUGCCGGUGGUGUCCGGCCUUAGGUCGGUGCAGGUGCCCAUGAUGCUUAACAUGCUGCAGGAGAGCAUGGCGCCCGCCCUGGCCUGCACGCUCUGCUCCAUGGAGGGGGACAGCGUGAGCUCCGAGUCCUCCUCACCGGAUGUGCACUUCACCAUCCAGGAGGAGGGGGCGGACGACGAGCUGGAGGAGACUUCGGAGACGCCUCUCAACGAAAGCAGCGAGGGGUCCUCGGAGAACAUCCACCAGAGUUCCUAGCACCCCCGGGGCCCCUCAAGGUGGCUCCUCAAGCAGCACCCUCAGAGAGAGGAAAGACAUUUUUCAAGUGUCUGUUUUUUUUUUUUUUCAGUGCAGCUGUCACUUUGAAAAGACUCCACCGUGAGCCUCUGACAUGGGGUACGUUUGGGGACAGGCUCAUCUGGAGGCCUCGCUGUCCCUGCCUAUGGUUUUGACUGGCACUGAAAAAGCCCUGAAGACGUGCAGUGUGUGCAUUUGCUUUGGGGUCCGAGUGUGGGGUUCCUGCCCAGAAUUUGGCAGAAUGAUGUGAUUGUCAUUUUCUCACUGGAUGCCCUGGGUAAUUUCUGCACCAUCUUUCUUGUCCCAGGGCCACCAAAUGCCUCGGGUGGGCUGAGGGACUAGUUUUGAUUUGCUAAUUGCCUAGAGCUUUGUUCUUCUAGAUCUGAUUGGCUGUAAGUAUUUCUACUGUGCACUUGUGGUGUUAGAUCACAGAGGGUUACGGGCUGCUUUUGGAAGUCUUAGAUUAGAGGGGGAAAACUUGAAGGAAUUUUUUUUAUUGAUAGGAGAAAGCUAGAAAUCUAAACCCAGCCUGUUUGAUCAAUGUAAGGGGGAAAAUAAAAGGAACUUUUAAACUUGUUAACAUCAUUAGCUGGGGUUACAAGAGAUGAACUGGUAUUGUGACUUGUGACUGUCCAGCAUGCUGGCAUGACUUUCUUGUGGUCAGAGAACUUCCCUAGAGUCUAUACUCUUCAUGGCCAUGCAGAGGGCUCUUUGGGAUCUUUCCAGAAGUGGUGAGAAUGACAGAGUUGAACAAGGCCAUGCCAUUCGCUCUGCUGUUGCUCAUUUUCCCAGCCUAGUUUUCUGAGCUGGGAGAAAUAUACUACAGAGCCUCACAAUGUGGUAUUUUGUUACAUAGCUUAGUCCUAGAAGGGCACAUUGAAGCUUGGGUCCAAGUUCUGCGCUUCCUAAUCCAGAGCCUUGACACUCAUUUGCUGUGUGGUCCUGGGCAUGUCAUCAAGAGGCUUAUUGGCUUCAUGGGGCUCAGGAGGAUGUGUAACCCCAGGGGGCUGGGAGGAUGUCUUUCAACUUUAGAGUCUGUGGUAAGUCCUCCAUGGCCUGGUGUGAAGAAGCUUGGACCAAAUAUUUCCCCUUUGGCUAGUUAGUCUGUAAAAAGAAGCUGUUGAUUUAAAGGAGCAGUUGGAGACUCAGAAUACAUGUGACUAGGGAAUUCAGGGCUAAUCCCAAACCAUCCCUGCUAUAGUUUUUCCCGGACUGAACCAAAGAGGCAGAUACUGUACCACAUUUUGGUCUGCAAAGUUCUCUGCAUGGUUGGCUGUUAACUCUCCCAGCCAAGAGAAAGAGAAAUUUAAAAGAAAUCUCACAACUACUUGCCAGUGUCUGCAUGUACCAUAUUCUUGUGAUCAGUAGCCUUAUAGCAGAAACUUUUAGCCCUGGAAGACCAGACACAGCAAAAGAUCAAAUUUAGUUGUAGGGGAAAGAAAAAACCCUUUUUGUUUUUAUUUUUUAAAGCAUACUCUCCCUGAGUUAGAGAUAGCAGUGACUUUAGUCCCCAUGGAAAGGUUAACAGCAUCGGAACUAGUUUAUCAGUUUGCUUUGACAUACAGCUAGAGGAAAUUUAUGUUUGGGGGAACAGGGUUAAAAUUCAUUUUAAAAUUCAGAGUGUAGAUUAACUCCAAAGGGGGAUGUUUAAAUCGAAAGAAGCCAAGUUAAGUUUGGCCUCUUGCCUGGAAUCACUUGAAUUCUAAAACUUUACUGCGACGGACAUGUACAGUGUCACAUUUUCCAUUGCUUAAUCCUGAAGUUUGGUGCAAGUCUGUCUGCGCCUGUUAAAAGUGAUGUAUAUACUUCUUUCUUAUUCUAUUGAGUUGUAUAGAAUUGUCUUGUAUUUAAUGGUUUGUCAUUUUCACAAUCUUUUUAAUUUAAAUAAACAAGCAAACA